AUGUCUGAAACAUUUCCCGAAACUAACACUCCUGUACAAACUCCAUCUACUGAAAGUUUUGUUAACAAGAUGAAUGCUGAUGACAAAACUAUUGGCAAUAAUGUUUUCUCUCAAGAUAGCGAUAGUAAUCAACAAAGUUCACACCAAGAACCGCUUUCACCUCCUAAUCCAUCUCCUACUCCUGAGAAGAGACAAUUAGACGAUGAGAUAGAUAGCAACACUGAGCCAGAGAGUAAGAAACAAAAGGUGGAAGAAGAAUCUAAUGUUGGUCAAACUGCCCUUGAAAGUGGAUCGCCAAUAAAUGAAGAUCAGGAAAUUGCUACAAAUAAUGGUAUUUCUGAAGACGCAGCACAAGAAAAACCUCAAGAGGAAGCACCGCAAGAGAAACCUCAAGAAGAUGCACCACAAGAGAAACCCCAAGAUGCACCACAAGAGACGCCUCAAGACGUACCACAGGAAAACCCUCACGAAAGUGAGGAACCAGAUAUUAAAGAAAUUGAUCCACCAAAGCCACCAGUCUUUACAGAACCUGCACCGAAACCACCUCAAGAACCAGAUAUGAACAAUUUACCAGAACAUCCACUACCACCACACCAAGCCAAGUUUGUGUUAAAUACCAUCAAGGCUGUGAAGAGAAAUAGAGAAGCAGUUCCAUUUUUGCAUCCAGUCGACACUGUCAAAUUGAAUGUCCCAUUCUACUACAAUUAUAUUCCCAGACCAAUGGAUUUGUCUACUAUUGAGCGUAAGAUCAACUUGAAGGCAUACGAGAAUGUUUCACAAGUUGUUGAUGACUUUAACCUUAUGGUGAAGAAUUGUAAGAAAUUCAAUGGAGAAGCAGCUGGUAUAUCGAAAAUGGCGAUGAAUAUUCAAGCACAAUUUGAAAAGCUUAUGGUCAAGGUGCCACCGAAAGAAUUGCCAGUAGGAACUAACGCUGCUGAAGCUGCCUCUGCUGCUACUUCACCCAAUACAAACAAGAGAAAAGCCACUACAGAAUCUUCAUCCCUGCAUCAUCAUCAACACCGAGAUUCAGUAGCUGCUGCCAGACCAAAGAGAACUAUCCAUCCACCUAAAUCAAAAGAAUUGCCAUACGAGACCAAGCCAAAGAACAAAAAAGUUGCAGCAGAAUUAAGGUUCUGUAAUCAGACAAUAAAAGAGCUUAUGUCUAAAAAGCAUUACAAUUAUAACUUUCCGUUUUUGGCACCCGUAGAUACAGUCGCUUUGAAUAUACCUAACUACAAUGAAAUAGUGAAGCAUCCAAUGGAUUUAGGAACUAUUCAGUCCAAGUUAGCAAACAACGAGUAUGAAAAUGCCGAUGAUUUUGAGAAAGAUGUGAGAUUGGUGUUUAAAAACUGUUACCUUUUCAACCCUGAAGGCACUGAUGUUAAUAUGAUGGGACACCGAUUGGAGGCUGUGUUUGACAAGAAAUGGGCAAGCAAACCGGUUCCUGAACCAACUCCACAGAAUUCAGAUGUUAGUGACCGGGAUUAUAGUAGUGAAGAGGAAGACAAUGUUGAAAUUAGCGAAGCCAUGCUUUCAGAAAUCCCUGCAAUCCAAGUUAUGGAGAACCAGAUUAUCAGAAUGAGAAAAGAAUUGGACGAAUUGAAAAAAGAGCAUUUGAAGAGAUUGAGAGAGCAACAAGCUGCCAGAAAGAAGAAGAAACAACAAAAGGGUAAGCGAAGAGCCUCUAAGGCAAAACAUGCAAAGGACAGUCAUCAUCAUCAUCAAGUACAAGCACCACCAGAACCACCAAAAUUGACUCCACCUCAGCCAGUGGUUACUUAUGAGAUGAAAAAGCAAGUUUCAGAAAUGGUUCCUAAUUUGUCAGACAAGAAAUUAAAUGCAUUGAUCAAGAUAAUUCAGGAUGACGUUCAAAUCAGUAACGAUGACGAAGUAGAAUUAGACAUGGACCAAUUGGAGGAUCGUACAGUAUUAAAGUUGUACGACUUUUUGUUUGGUGACAAAGCAUUGAAAAAUUCUGCUGGCAAGAAGAAGAAGCCUAUUGCAAAUAACAAUUUGGAUGAGCUAGCACAUUUGAGAAGCCAGCUUGCGUUGUUUGAUGAAGGGGUAAAUGGUCAACAAGGGUCUGGUAAUGGAUUUAUGAAUGUUGUGAACCAAGAAGAGUCUUCUGAAGAUGAGGCAUCGUCAGAAAGUUCAGAAGAAGAAUAA